AUGGCUUGUGGAAGCUGCGGCUGGCUAGUGCUGGGGCUGGUCCUCUUCAUGGUUGGCACCUGUCUCUCUGUGGAGUUGGCAUUCACUGUUGAGCCCAAUGAUGAGGUGGCUGUAGCAGGUCAACCGCUCACCCUCCUGUGCUCAGCAGAUGGUGUGGAGCCUAUAACCAUUACCUGGAGGAAGAAUGGUGCUCCCAUAUGGAGUGGGGCAUAUGCCUUUCCUCUGCCAAAUGGGUCACUCUACUUCCCCUUUUUCCAUGUUAGAAGAGCAGAUGGAUCAUCUGAUCAAGGAGAAUAUGACUGUGUGGCACAGAAUCGCUUUGGGUCUGUUGUGAGUCGUAAAGCCAAAGUGCAGGCUGCAGUUAUGUCUGACUUCCACAUCUUCCCACAAGAUGCUGUGCUAGAGGAAGGUGGUGUGGCUAGAUUCCAAUGUCAGAUUCAUGGGCUGCCUGAGCCAGAUAUUGUGUGGGAGCGAAAUGGGGAGGUCGUUGAUACAAAGAAUCCCAGAUACACAUUGCUCCCCACUGGUGUCCUCCAGAUUACUGCCUUGCUUCCUGAAGAUGCUGGCACUUAUCGAUGCGUAGCCACUAAUGCCGCUGGGGUGAGGCACAGUCCAAUUGCAGCCCUGACCGUCACAGGUUCCCACUCCACAGAUUACAAGGACCCUAUGAUACUGGUUGGUCCAGAGAACCUCACCAAGACUGUUCACCAGACAGCAAUACUUGAGUGUAUGGCUACAGGAAACCCCCGUCCAAUUGUAUCCUGGAGCCGGCUUGAUGGCCGUCCAAUAGGUGUUGAAGGGAUCCAGGUUCUGGGAACUGGAAAUCUGAUGAUUUCUGACCUUACUGUGCACCAUUCUGGAGUCUAUGUGUGUGCUGCUAAUAAACCAGGAACCAGAGUGCGCCGAACAGCACAGGGACGUUUGGUAGUGCAAGCACCAGCUGAAUUUGUGCAGCAUCCCCAAUCUAUUUCUCGUCCUGUUGGCACAACAGCUAUCUUCACAUGCCUGGCACAAGGUGAACCACCUCCUCAAAUCACCUGGCUUAAGAAUGGACAUGAGUUGGCACCAAGUGGGCACAUUAAGCUGAAGAAUCACAACAGUUCACUCACCAUCUCUGGUAUCAGUCAAGAAGAUGAAGCUAUCUAUCAGUGCAUAGCACAGAACAGUGCUGGGUCUAGCCAGGCCAGUGCACGACUCUCUGUGCUCUGGUCUGAGGGCUUGCCAGGACCACCGCAAGAUGUUACUGCGACCACCGCGUCAUCGAUCUCUAUACAGGUAUCCUGGAGUGAGCCUCUUGAAAACACGCGAGAGAUAAUUGGCUAUGUUGUGCACAUCCGGAGAACUGCAGAUCCUUUACAUAUGGAAUAUCAGGAGGCUGUGAGCAAGGACACUUUUCAACAGCUGGUAACAGACCUUGAACCCUCAACAACUUAUAGCUUCUACAUAAAGGCAUAUACCUCACGUGGAGCCAGCAAAGCCUCAGCCACAGUCGUGCAAAGCACUCUGGGAGAAGUUCCUGCAGUGCCGUCCCUCUACAUCAAAGUCCUGAACAGUACAGCGAUCCAAGCAGCCUGGGAACCAUCAAUCAAGCUGGGUCAAAAUGAGGGCUUUAAACUGUACUACCGCAAGGUGCCACUGCCUCAGUACACCGGACCUAUGCUGCUGCCUAGCAAUGUUACCUCUUAUACCAUCUGCAGACUGGACCCCUUGGUAGUGUACGAAGUGAAGCUCUUGGCAUUUAAUCAGCAUGGAGAUGGAAAUUCAACUGUUCGCUUUGUAUCACUGAAAGAGGCAUCUGCACGGGCAGUGCUCAACCCAUCCUGUAACUGUGCAAGUGAUGAUCAGAAGUCUAAAUCCUCGACAACUGGCAUCAUUAUUGGCAUCCAUAUUGGCGUGACCUGCAUCAUCUUCUGUGUUCUGUUUCUCAUGUUCGGGUACCGUGGGAGACUCAUAAAAUGCAAGACGAAAGAUGGCCAACCCUCUGUUCCAUCAGGACCAAAUAUUGAUGGUAUGAGAAGUUCAAAUGGAUCUACUCCAUUUGGCACAGCCCCAAGAAAUAAAGAUGUUUCAGGAACUAAUGGGAAAGCAAAUGAGAUGGAGACACUCUUCCUUCACCCUGUUUCACAGACAAAUGUUGGCGUCUUGUGUCACCCUGCUCCAACUUUUGAGGAAACACUAGUUUCAACACUUACCCCAGACGAGUUGAGUUUUGCUGAAGAAGAUCCACCUGGAUGCCACACCGCGAGUCUUUAA